AUUUCCUUUCUUUUAUGUGCCUUGCUUCAUCUCCACUUUCCUCAUCUCCCCCUCCCCCCCACCCCUUCUCUCUCUCUCGCUCUCUUCCUCUGUUGGCUCUCUUUUCACUCCCCACCUUCUUUUAAGCUCUCCUUUUCCUUUUUCCUCCACAUUUUAAGCUCUCAUUCCCUGUCCUUCUGAUAGCAGCAACCACAGUUCCAACCUCUCUCCUUCCUUAUUUGUACUCAAACAAAGCCACCCACUUGAAUAUUUUCCCAAGAAAUUUCUGGGUUUUCUUUCCCACUCCCUACUUUCUCACCUGGAUCUUCACUUUUUUCUUGGAUUCAGCUCCAUAACCCUCUUUGAUUCCAUGGAAAAGGACAGCCUAGCCAAACCCACUUGGAACCCUUCAGGUUUUUCCAUGGAAAUGCAGUCCAAUGAGCUCAAUUGUGCUCCCCAGCAACUUCCCAAUUCCUUUUUUAAUGCCAAUUGGGACAAUUCCUUGGAUCAGACCGAUCCUUUUGAGUCUGCCUUGAGCUCCAUUGUCUCUUCCCCCAUCGCCGCCGCGGGGAACGGCGGCGAGGGAGGAGAUAUGAUUAGAGAACUAAUUGGAAGAUUAGGAAGCAUUUCCAAUUCAGGAGAAAUAUCUCCACACUCAUACAUUUCUAGCAACUACAACAACAGUAGUACUAACACUUCAUGUUAUAGCACCCCAUUGAACUCUUCACAGAGAGGCAGUCUGCCAAUUGAAAAUUUGGCUCAAUUUCAGGCAGACCCUGGAUUUGUUGAGAGGGCUGCAAGAUUUUCCUGCUUCGGUGGUGGUGGUGGUGGCAAUUUUGGUGGCCAAUUCAACUUGAAUGAAGCUGAAUUGGCCUACAGAUCAAUGGCAAGGAUUGACUCUGGCAAGCUUUCGAGAGUUUCCAGCAACCAAUCACUGAAAGUUGCUGCUGGAUCUCAACUUGCUGUUCAAGAAACCAACAAAAGCUCUCCCCUUGAUGGGAAUUCAGCUCCUGAUAAGAAGUUCAUCAGCCGGUUUUCGAGGGCCUCCACGCCGGAAAAUGGUGAGUUGGGUGAUUCCAGGGAGGGAUCAUCAGUUUCUCAGCAGAUCCCAGGUGGGGAUUUGAGUAUGAAAGCUGAAAUAGUUACCAAUUCAAGGAAAAGAAAAUCUGCUGCAAGAGGAAAAGCCAAAGAUUCCUCUUCAUCUCACCCUGUCAAAGAUGCCAAGGUUGUGGCAGAAAAAGAAGAACCAAAUGCCAAGAAAAGCAAAAAUGAUGAAGCUUCUGGGAAAGAAAAGGAAACUUCAAAGGCAAAGACAAAGGCCAAUUCAGAGACUCCUGAGGCUCCAAAGGACUACAUCCAUGUCAGAGCCAGAAGGGGUCAAGCCACUGAUAGCCAUAGUCUUGCAGAAAGGGUUCGAAGAGAGAAAAUUAGCGAAAGGAUGAAGUUUCUUCAAGAUCUUGUUCCUGGUUGCAACAAGGUGACCGGGAAAGCAGUGAUGCUAGAUGAAAUUAUAAACUACGUGCAGUCGUUGCAGUGCCAGGUUGAGUUUCUUUCUAUGAAGUUGUCAACUGUGAAUCCGAGGAUGGAGUUGAACAUGGAGGCUCUUCUGUCAAAGGAUAUCAUUCAGUCUCGUGGAUCUUUACAAAAUGCGCUUUACCAGUUAGAUUCUUCUGUGCCUUCAUUCCCUUUCGGAUACCAGCCCCAGCAACUGCCGCCUUUACAUAGCAGCGGCAUCUCUAGUGCGACAGACACACAAUUUCCAGCAAACCCUCUAAACUCCGCACUGCGUCAAAGUCACGGCAUGCAAUUGCCUGCUUUUGACAGAUUUGGUGAAGCAGCAUCUCAAAUGCCAACAUUGUUCGAGGAUGACCUCCAAAGCGUGGUGCAGAUGGGUUUUGGCCAGAUUCAGCAGGAGAGUUUUCAUGGCUCAGGGGCUUCAGCUCAGAUGAAAGUAGAGCUUUAAUCAACAGAAUUAACUGUAUAUACAGAGCAGUUCCAGUUUGAGUGGAUCUUUAGCCCCUGGAGGAAAAUAACAGUUUCUUCUUUUCAACAUGAUUGGCAGAUUGAUUCAGCAACUCAUUCUUUUGGAGAAUUCCACUUUGAUGUAAAUUCUAGUACUAAUUGCAACAAUUCUAUAAGACCAAUUUUUCAGAUUAUGUAGCACGGUAGCAUGAGUGUUGGAGGGGUAAAAACUUACCAUUUGAUAAAUAUUAUUACUGGUAUUCUGUUCGGGAAGUGAUUUCCAA